CAGUGGCAGUAACUUUCCCUUCCCUCCUCGACUACAAGAUGGACUGGAAUGAAGACGCAAAUGUUCCCUGUGGACCACUUUGGACUAAAUAAGUGUCUCGUCGUGUGCAAGUUGCAGGAACACAGCCACAUGCAUGACAGCUGUCAUCAUGGGCAUCAAGGCCAUUCUCACAGUCAUGGGCCAAGACCGGCAGGAUUUGGAGGGAUGGUGAAUCCAUUCAUGCCGGGUUUUUACGGACAGUUCGGCAAAAAUGCAGAUCUGACUGACAUCAGGGAGCAACCAAAGAAACGGUCACACAUGGAUGAUAGCAGCAGUUGGGACAUAGUGAAGGCAUCACAGUUUGGAAUCCUGGAGCGCUGUAAGGAGCUGGUGGAAGCUGGAUAUGACGUCAGGCAGCCAGACAAAGAGAAUGUCACUCUGCUGCACUGGGCUGCUAUCAACAACCGCUUAGAGCUGGUCAAAUAUUAUAUUUCCAAAGGGGCAAUAGUAGACCAGCUGGGGGGAGACCUGAACUCUACUCCACUUCAUUGGGCCAUAAGGCAGGGCCACCUCCCCAUGGUAAUCCAGCUAAUGAGAUAUGGAGCAGACCCCUCUGUUGCAGAUGGAGAGGGCUACAGGGCUCUCCACCUUGCUAUUCUCUUUCAACACAUGGCAAUAGCAGCUUAUCUUAUAGCUAAGGGACAGGAAGUUGACGGGCCUGACUGCAAUGGACAAACACCGCUAAUGUUAGCAGCACAGAAGAUUAUCGGGCCUGAACCAACAAACUUUUUAAUCAAAAAUAAUGCCUCUGUGAGCGCUGUGGACAAAGUCAACAGGAACACUCCACUGCACUGUGCUGUGCUGGCAGGAAAUGUAGAUGCUGCCCACAUCCUGCUGGAGGCUGGGGCCAGUGUGGAAGCAGAAAACAUUAACGGUCACACACCCAUCGACUUGGCUCACCAAGUGCACAGCCCGUUGCUCAUGCACAUGCUCAAUCAGGUCAAACGGGAGAGGCUUCGCUCCAACUCUCGCUGCCUGCGAGUCGUGAACAGAUACAGGGUGUUUCUGCAGUUUUUACUCUGCACGGCUUUGUUUGGAGGUGUUGGCGCAAUAGUGGAUAUGAACUCAGAAUCCUGGUUACUCAAAGGGAUCCUGUUGGCCUGUGUGAUAGGUGUGAUUAAUCUGGCUACAAGGAAUUUCCCAGGCCCAGACUUUCAGUCCAACCUACAAGCUUCAAGUCUGAUGGCUUCAAUCUUUUGGAUGCUUGUCACCUGGUGCCUCUGGUUUAUGCCAGAUCAGCCUAGUGCCACAGUACAGGUACUGUUCACUCUGAAUGCCACUGCUUUACUCUACUACUACCUCCGCACCUGCAGGACGGACCCCGGCUUCAUCAGAGCAACUGAAGAGGAGAAGAAAAUGAAUGUGUUGGUGUUGGCUGAAGCCGGCUGUCUGGACCCCAGGAUAUUGUGCACCUCUUGUAUGAUAAAGAAGCCAAUGAGAGCCAAUCACUGCUUCAGCUGCGAUGCCUGUGUGGCCAAGCAGGACCACCACUCCAUCUGGACCAACAGCUGCAUUGGUGCAAGGAACCAUCACUACUUCAUCCUCUUUCUGUUCUCGCUCGUGCUGACGGGAGCCUGGAUGUUGUACGGCUGUGUCAUGUACUGGUCUGCUCAUUGCAUGCUGCGUUACGAGGAGCAGGGCCUGUGGGGUACUUUCUCUGGCCUGGUAGGGUGCUCUCCCUGGCUGCUCUGCAUCUUCAUCCUGGUCGUCUAUCAUACAAGUUGGUCUACUUUGACCCUGCUGCUGCAGCUCUACCAGAUUGCAUUCCUGGGACUGACAACAGUAGAGCGAACAAAUCUAACACAUCGCCAGAGGAAACUCCGGCAACCUGUCUCUCUGAGACAAAAUCCAUUCAAUUUGGGCGUGGUGAGGAACCUGGUGUCAUUCUUCCAGCUCCGCUGUUGUGGACUCUUCAAACCGGUCAUCAUUGACUGGACGCAGCAGUUCCAACCUGGCCACCAGCAUGUGUUCGGACACACCGACAUGGUCUGACCUCCUCCCUCCUCCACGCUCAGGGUCAAGGGUCAGACUCUGGACCAAAAGCACAGACUCCAUUUAUUUAUUGUUUUUUAAUGUGGUGGCUCCUUGUGGAAAGAGACUGCAAUACUCGGAAUUGGGAAAACACAAAGAAACAUGUAGAUAUUUGAUUCAGUUGCUGUUUGUACAGACUGCUGCUGCCUUAUACUUGACCAGUGUAAGUAAAUGGAAAAUAACAGAACCUUUAGAGGCCUAAAUUGUGAUGGAGGUUUUGUCCUGUUUUUAUGAACACAUUAAAAGUAUUUUUACUAUCUGUUCAGAAAAAAGAAUUACCUUUGUAUGUGUGGAAAAAUUGGUUUUAUGACUUUUGUAAAAAUUGCAUGCAUUUAAUACAAAUGACCACUAUAAAACUUCAAUAAAACAAUGUUGUGCCUGUCUU